AUGGGGAAGACGCCGGUGCGGAUGAAGGCGGUGGUGUACGCGCUGUCGCCGUUCCAGCAGAAGGUGAUGCCGGGGCUGUGGAAGGACAUCACCACCAAGAUCCACCACAAGGUCACCGAGAACUGGAUCUCCGCCACGCUCCUCAUCACCCCCGUCGUCGGCACCUACCAAUACGCCAUGUGGUAUAAAGAGCAGGAGAAGCUUUCCCACAGAUACUAA